CCGGUUAAUGUAUGCUAACUUUUACCUGAGAUCGCGUUACCAGGUUUUCAUCUUCCUGAAUGAAGUUAUAAGUGAUAUGAAGUAACACAAAAUGAAUCCAUUUAAUUGUGUAAUUGUGACAAUUUUGUAUUGUUUGGGAGUAAUUUGCAAAGGUCAGGGAUUUUUUAUUUCACAACAUGGAACGAAAUGGGACAAGUCUAGUUGCACCUUGGCAAAACCAAAGGUUGUCUGCAUGGAUGAUGGCUCAUGCGUUGUUGAAAAUGGUUUGGAAUUUCUUACAAAUGCAGAAGAUCAAGAUAAUGGGUUUUGGAUUGGAUAUGCCAAAACAUGGAUAAGUUAUGCGUACGUUGGAUGUGAGGAAUUGAAUGAUGGAGUCGAAUAUUCUGUUUCAACUCUGGGUGAAUGUAGACGUACAACAGGAUGCAAAACAUUCGGUAUACAAAAAUCAACAGCGGGUUUGCGAUGUAAAUGUGCCAGUAAAAACGCCAUCCGGACACAAACGUGCGGAGAAAAAUGUGAAGAAGUUGACCAAUAUCCGUGUGGUGGUACAGUCGACACCAAUAUAUUCUCAUUUUACACUGUUGAAAACGGUACUAAUAACAUUAAUCUAUUAUAUGUUGACCUCCAGUUGAAACUUACAACGAACUAAAUGUGAAUACAUUAUUACAAAAUGUAUGCUUACAUGUAACAAAUCUUCAUCGGAAAUCAGCAAAGAAAAGUUCGCAAGUCUACUGAUUCUGGAAGAGGAGUCAUUUUCCCUCCAGAGACACAAAUAAAUAGGGUUUUGAUGUUCAUCAAUGAAAUAUAACUUUAUAUUUUAUUUAAAAAAAAGGGAUAGCACAUGGUGUUCUUUGUACGUCACUGAUACAUCAACCUUUAUAUUUCAGUUCCUCUUAGCAAUAAUUCACAAGACAUUCACAGAAACUGCCUACUGUUCUUCUAUAAGUACAUUAAUGGAUAUGAUUAUCAAUGGAAUUCAUGUACUUUAUCAACCUAAAUGCUUUUAUGCAGCAACAAAUAUUUUUCAGAAAAUAACCCGAUGGCGGAACUAGAAAAUCCAAAUUAUGGAAAUUGGGCUCAGGCUGUUGAAAGCUGCGUCGAUGGAGGAAAAUUCCCUGCAUCGAUACAAAGUAUUAAAAAUCGGCAUUUCACAUACCAGGACACAAAGAACCACUGGACAGGAGUAAUAAAAAGAGAAUCUAUUAUAUCUUCGAGCGAUAUUCUCGAUAAAAGCACAUAUCCACCUUUGACCUAUGCAUAUGUGAAGAAGAUAAACCAGACUGUUUUCGUGAGAUUUUCUAAUGAAAGUUACUCGAAAAAAAGUGUGUGCGCAGGAGGAUCAACGGCAGGUCUCGCUGCUGGUUUGUCCGUUUCUCUGGUAGUGCUUAUCGUUUUGGUGGUCAUUGUGCUGGUGUUCUUGAAAAGAAGAGGACUUCUUGCAAAGUACUUCACACGAAAGGGUGAAAAUGGCAACCAUAACGAAGACACAAAAACCGAAAUAUCAUCCGUAUCAACACCGACACUUGAAUCUACUACAAACACAAUGAAUGAAUUAACAGCCUCAAAUCAUUCUUAUUUUUUGCUUGAAAAAACGUUUAAUAAGGAAACCGAAGAGGAGUCCGAACACUAUGCAGAGCCAGAUACGACCAAUGUUGACCAUUAUGAUUUCACUGAAAUGUCGCAGAAAGAUACUAAUAAUGAUUACGACACCACCGAUGUCAAAAAGGGCCCAGCCAAGUCCGGAUUGGCUAAGCCAAAUAGCAAUUAUAACAAAGUCAAUUUACAUCAAUCUAAUGAUUACGAUCAUAUUCAUCAAGAUGGAAUGCCGGACAGACAAACUGAAAAUGAAUACAAUAUAACCAAUAACCUGAUCGACGGCAAACAUGAAUCAAAAAGCUCUGGCACAGAUAACGUAUAUGGAAAGUCAGAAACAGAUGGAGAUAGUGGAUAUGAUACUUCCAGGGCCCUAAAACCUUGCAUGAAUAUAGAUGCGAAUGAUCAGCAAGCUGAUUAUGCCGUGGUAUAAAGAAAUGGUAGAAGUUUUUGCACAAGAAGUGAUCGAAUACCAUGAAAUAUAUAAGAAAUCGACAUUGCAUGCAGUGAUUGGCAACUAAACCAUGACAUGUUUCCGAUCAGUCCAAUUCAUUUAGGUUUGUAUUCAUUACAAGCGGAUCUUGCAGACGUGUUUUAAGCGUUAUAUGUAGUUAAUUUGAUGUAUUAAGUUGUUUAACAGGCCGUCUACAUGUAUGUUGCACUUGAUUCAAAGGUAACUUGGUUAUUUUCCUUGAUUAACCAAAUUUAAAUUAAUGCUUAAGCAUUCUAUCUAAUUCUGCUUUUAUCGUAUUUUGUACGUUCUGUAUUAAAAGCUG